CCGGCAACGGCAGAUUACAACCGGCUGCGGGACACGAAACACGUAGUUUUUUAACCUUCACUCGUUCUGUAUGCGUUUGUAGUGUGUGUGUGCGGUUUAAUGAAAACGGAAACCUCGCUAUGAAAUUUUAAAAUCAUCACAAACCACCACCAUCGAACGAAUCAAUCAUGAAAAUCGGGCUCAUACUCUUGAUGUCACUAUGGAUCACGGCAGCUCAGGCAAUGUAUAAGAUUGGAGUGGGCAUUGCCGAUGUAACUGGACCACCGGCCGGUGUUACUUUCAUGGGAUACGGUAAAAUGGAUCAGAGAGGAAUGGGAAUUCAUCUGCGCCAGUUUUCUAGAGCCUUCAUAAUUGAAGACGGAAAUUCGAGGAUAGCUUUUGUCAGUGUCGACUCGGCCAUGUUGGGCGAUAACAUGAAAAUCGAGGUGCUGAAGAACCUCAAACCCAAAUUACCGGGCUUGUACAAUUUGGACAAUUUGAUGCUUUCAUCGACGCAUACUCACUCGACACCUGGCGGUCAUAUGUUGUACACACUAUUCGAUAUAAGCACGUGGGGUUACGUGCCUCUUACGUUUAUCUCUCUGGCAAAGGGUAUAACGUUGAGCAUACUGCGUGCACACGACAAACUGGACUACGGUCGCGUAUUCGUCAACAGAGGCGAACUUCAUGGGGUAUCUAUUAGCAGAAGUCCACAGUCAUAUUUGCAAAAUCCGGAAGCGGAACGAGCUGAAUACGAAUACAACGUCGAUAAGACCAUGGUGCAGGUAAAGUUUGAAAACGAGUUCGGAGCUCCCAUUGGAGUGAUCAAUUGGUAUGCAGUUCAUGCGACCAGUAUGAAUAAUAGCAACAGACUUGUGUCAUCGGACAACCUCGGUUACGCUUCGGUGAUGUUCGAACAGAGGAUGAACCCGGACAGUUUGAUUGGGAAAGGAAGGUUUGUUGCUGCAUUUGCUUCAUCUAAUCUUGGGGAUGUGUCACCUAACGUGAGAGGGCCUCGAUGCCAAAACUCCGGAAAACCGUGUGACAUACCCGGACCGCAGUGUGAAGUCAAUGAACAGUGUGUGGCUUCCGGACCGGGUAGAAACAUGAAAGAGAGCACCAAAAUGAUAGCCGAGGGUUUAUUUGGAAAAGCGUUUGAACUGAUGAAUGAGAAACCCGAAUUUGAGAUAAAGGGACCAUUGAGAUCAAUACAUCAAUAUGUCAACAUGGCUAAAGAAAAUGUCGAGUACACGGAUCCGUACACCGGUGAGCUUAUCAAUGGCAGAGGCUGUAGUCCGGCGUUGGGCCAUACGUUUUCUUCGGGCACUAUAGACGGUCCUGGGCUGUUCUCGUUCGAAGAAGGUUCAACCAUGUCCAGUAAUCCCUUGUGGAAUUUGGUCACAAACGUUAUUCCCAAGCCUACCUCAGAACAAAUUGAGUGUCAUGCCGAAAAGUCAAUAGUGCUGUCAUCGGGAGAGUUCAACUACCCUUCGCCGUGGUCUCCGAAAAUAGUGUCCACCCAGCUGGCAAUACUAGGUCAGCUAAUAAUCGUUUGUGUUCCCGGCGAAUUUACUACCAUGUCGGGCAGACGACUCAGAAAAGUGGUAGCCGAUAAGCUGUGCAACGACCUUAAGUGCAUCGUAGUUAUAGCCGGUCUCUGCAACACGUACAGCGAUUACGUAACCACUCCUGAAGAAUACAAGCUGCAGCGUUACGAAGGAGCGUCUACAAUCUAUGGGCCGCAUACGUUACCGAUAUAUUUGAAGCAAUACGCGAAACUAGCUAUUGCGUUAGCCGAUGGUGUCACUCUCCAGCGUGGACCCGAAGCACCGGUGUUCACGUCCGAAGUUGUUUCGUUUUUGCCGCCGGUCAUAUACGACACUCCUUUGUCGCCCUACGGAUUCGGCGACUGCAUAAAACAACCCCCGUACUCGGCUACCCCCGGAGAUACAAUAAGUGUUAAAUUUGUAGCCGGUAAUCCGAGAAACAACCCCAUGUUGGAGAUGACGUUUUUAACAGUCGAGCGGAUGGGAUCCGAUUCAAAAUGGGAUAUAAUAGCCACAGACGCUAAUUGGGAAACCGAGUUUUCCUGGGAAACUAAAUCGUGGUUCUGGGCGACUAGUGUGGCCGAAAUUAAAUGGACCAUUCCGGAAGGAACACCAGCUGGAAUUUACAGGAUCAGGCACUUUGGGCACUUUAAAUAUUUGGGUGGAGGUAGACUGGGAAGAUACUAUGGAGCAACAGAAACAUUCAAAGUGACAGAGAAAUAAAACAAAAUGUACUUUAUUGUGUUACUUGCUUUAUGUUUAACAAUGUAAACUUUUACUAUUGA